AUGAAACGACCAAUUAGUGAUAAUCACAUAGUUUUCGACAAUAACCUAAUUGUUGACACAACUGCUCCUACAACCUCGAGAAGCUCGGAAAGCGCCAAGGAUUGCAGAAAACGAAAAGCCCUUCGCAUUCAAUAUCUAGCUGAAAGUGUACGAUUGCGUGAGCUCACUGUUAUAAAAAUGAAACGUGAUAUUGACAAAGCCAGCGUUGCACCAUCUCUAGAACUCCUACCAGGGAGUCGUGAAGGACCAACAGAAGCUAGUAUUGUACAGCUUUCACACUACAACACCUCGUCAUACACUGACUACCUCUCCGCUUUCUUACAACCAGUCAUGACGUCGGAAAAUAAUGCACGAUGUGGAAUCCUCUGAGAAAAUAUCUGUAGUACAUGUCCAUACCAUCGAAGUCACUGUGUCAUGAUGGUAACACUAAUUGAGUUAUCGUCACUGUGUCCGAACACAUGGUUGCCAAAGCUGCACAUUACUAACAUUGUGUUGCUAUUUUGUCAGUAAUCCUUUAGAGAUAACGAUAACCAAGCACAUUUGUCUAACUUCCUCAACUUGAAGUGGACAGGUUUCACAAACAUAGGGCAAAACUGCCCUCACUGACGCGUCGUAGACCCGAUCUUUUACGGCCAGACUAAGAUCGCGAAGGCGCCAAAGGUGGCCCAGAUUGUAAUUAGCCGCUCUGGCUCUCACUACGCGUGAAUCGAUCUUAUCUCGGACGCCGCCACCAGCAAGAUAAAGUAACAAAUAGGAAUGGUCGUUAAUUACGUGGGAUUACCACAAUACAAAGGUCGUAAUAGUGUUGAAAUGCAAUAAGUUACAAUAUUUUUAUGUGCAAUCUCAACCGUUAAUAUUUAUUUAAGCUGAUUCCAGGAGAAAGAAGUGGUCUUGAGAUGGUGUAGAAGAUUUGUAGCUCAGGUGGAUGAUUUUGG